AGAGCGUGCAUGGAGUGUCCAUGUUUUGCUUUGCGCAUGUGAGUGUCUUAGAGUAUCUCAUUGCUUUGGCGAAACUGAAUAAAGUAACCAGAAAUAAUCCCCCUUAUAAGUAUUCAACCUGCUUUCAGGAAAUUGUUGAGUUUGAGGCACAUGACUGUCAUGGUGAUUAUGACAUUUGUCUUCGCUUCUUGUUUGGACUCCUUAAAGAGCAUGGUACACUCCAAAUUUCAGAUCCUUUCUUUGCACACAUCAAGGAAGAGAUGCAGCAUAACUUUUGACUAUACAAGUGUGCUCCUGAUCCAUUGUCUGAGGGAGUUCGACAGCCAUUUUCUACUGAAUGAUGUGAAGAUGUUUUAUAAGACUGGUGUCCCUCCCCUCCAAGUCCCCACUUCGUUCUGGGUUGAAGUCAUGGUGAUGAUUAUGAACAUAGAAGGAAUGCAGGAAAAGUUUGAGAUAAAACUGCCUGUGAGGUGUGACCAGAAGGUCCUCAGAAGUCUCCCUGAGAUUUUGAAAUCCAAAAAAGCCAUGCUGCGAUUCUCAAACCUGUCAGACACUUGUUGUCCUGCCCUGGCCUCUGUUCUUGGUGUCAGAGAGUCCCAUUUGAGGGAGCUGGACCUGGGCUUCAACAGCAUCACUGACAGGGGGGUGGAGAGCCUGGUCCAGGGCCUGAGUGACCAGGAUUGCAGGCUAAAGUCCCUUCGUCUCCAGGGCUGUGAACUGACUUCCUCUGCCUGUGAACACCUGGCAACAGUCUUAAAACAGAGGCCAAACCUGAAGGAGCUGGAUCUCAGCUGCAAUAGUAUAGGAGAUGUGGGGCUGAAGCAUCUUGCCAACGGUUUGGAGUCACCCAUGUGUCAACUAGAAACACUUAGAAUUUCUCAGUGCAACAUUAAAAGGGAGGGUGGCUUCCAUCUGGCCUCAGCACUGGAGAAAAACCCUAGUUACCUAAAGUGGCUGGACCUGAGCAUCAACAGGAUAGGAAACAAGGCUGCGAAUGAACUUUUUACCAAGUUUGACAUAUCAAGACUGAGAAAACUGGAAAUGUGCUUUUGUGGCCUCACAGAACGGUGCUGUGCCACGAUUUCGGAUGCACUGAAACUUGAGAAGAGCUGUCUGGUAGAAUUGAACUUAAGCAGCAACAACUUGAAGGAUGCAGGAGCUCAUUUGAUCAGUGCAGGCCUGUUUGCCUGGUCUAGACUGGAAAAACUCAAUAUUUCAAGAUGUGGAAUCUCCAAGCUUGGCUGUUUUUACCUCUCCAAAGUGCUGUCCUGCAUCUCAGCGUUGUACAGUGAAAAUAUGCACAUGGAAAUCGGCUGGCAGGCGACAGAGCUGAGGGAGAUGGACCUGAGCAGGAACAAACUCACAGAUGAAGGGGCUGUAUACAUUUCCACUGGACUGUGUAAUCCUUACAGCCACCUCCGAAGGCUCAACUGGGCGAUUACAGCAUCCAGCAUGCCCGCAUCCCUCUCGUCAUUAUCCAAGUCAGUGUCGUUACUGUUACCCGGCAGUUCAGUGAAAGCUCGGACCACAGUUGAUGCUGAUCCUUAGCCCAGGCGUCCACGAUCCAUUGGCAGACCGUGGCGUAAGUCGCUCGGCGCUGUCUCCUUGUCUUGGUGAGUGUGUGUUCGCCUUCUAUAAUCCACUGCUCCCACGCAGCUCUCAGUUUAACUUUAUAAUAGCCUUGAGUUUAAUGUCGACGUUGUAUGCGUGUCUCUUGACAGGUGCGUUUUGAUUUUUUUUUUUUUUUGUAGUUUACUAAAGUCGUACUAAAACACCCGAAUAAAUUCAUAUAUAAGGUGCUCUGGAUUAUAAGGCGUUUUUUCAUGAAAUUUUAAGCUUUUAAAGGUUGUAUGGAGGAUUUUUUUUGUUUCAAAUUGUCAAUGAUAGCAUUAUAGAGAUGCAGUAGCCUUGUAAUUAUGAUGACCAAAAAAAAGAGAAUAAAAAUUCAUCAACUCUGGACGUGGUGGGGCCAGCUAAACAUUUGCCAAUAGAUAACGACACUGCCUCGUUAUCUGUUAGCUGACAGGCUGUCUAUCAAACUCCCUACGUUUCUAGCGUAACUGACUUGCCUGCGCGCCGCCGGUACGUGGUUUACGUACGCCUGUCACGCAGUCCACAGACGCAAGACGCACAGACACUGUUUACUCCACCAACGCAACAGUUUUUAGCGGCUUUUUUUGACCUAUAUCUUCCUUGCAGUUAGCACAAAGUUUGUUGCAAUGGCAGACAAGAAUCCAGGAGCAGUUAGCCGCAAAAGAAAGUCCGUUUUUGAGGUCGCUGAAAGAAGAAGACAAGGGGAAAAGCAGCGAAGCCAAACUAAGGUGAUUCUUGUAGAUUCAUUCCAGCGAUGGCGCAACUGAAGCAGACGCAGGGUCUAAAGACUGACGCAUUGGUCGCCAAAUUACUCCUGGUAACUUCUGCUUAUUAUGAAAACGUACUUUAUUUCCAAGAGCUAGACAAACGUUUUUCAGGACACGAAAGCGAUAUCCUAUGUCUGAAAACGUAAUUUUCAAGGCAAAGAAAGAGUCCGCUUGCUGAUGCGUGUUGUAGCUAGUUCAUUCGCACUGAAUCUCCGCGCAACCUUCUCUGCACCCCUUUACUGCUCCUGUCCCCGCUGCCCGUUCCGCUCUUCCCCCUGCUCCUCACUUCUCCGGGCACGGAAUCUCCGCGCACCGCUCCCCUCUCCUCUCUCCUCUCCCUGCUCCAGGCUCCCCGCUCCGCUCUUUCCCUGCUCCUCACUUCUCGUCCGCGCACGAAAUAUCCGCACACCCCCUCCCCCGCUCCUCACUUCUCCGCCUUGCCUAACCAACACUGUAGUUAGUUGUUUACAAGUCAUGUGCAGCGCACCGGCUGUAAACAAACCUGUUUCUGGCGUAAGGAGGAGGCGGGAGGAGGUGUUUUUACGUAGGGAGCUUUAGGGGAGGGGGGGUGGUUUCACGCAUGCACAACAUUUGAAAAAGGACAAACAGUCGCUGGAUUUCUCGUUCCUUGGAAAAUCCUCUAUACAACCUUUAAGUGCGCCCUGUAGUACGGAAAAUAUGGUAAGCUGGUUGGCAAUCAGACACCUCAUGCAUAGAUCAGAUCUCAGCAGAAACUGGAGAGGCUGGUUUAUAGUGAGCUUAGCGAUAGAUUUGCUGCAGUUAGACUACCAGCCUGGCUUCAGAGUAGAAGAUGGUUGCCUGCUGCAUCCUGGACUGCUUCAGAAACAGGGGGUAACAGGACUUGCCAUGUGGGGGCUUCCCUUCAUCUUCUACACUGUAGAGUUCAGACAUGGACAGUUGUGUCCUGCAGUUGUCUCAGCCUCAUUACAGACAUUGAUGAUUAAGGAUGAGUGUGCCUCUCUACUGACUCCUAACUGGUGAACGAUCAGGAAAGGAUAUUGAGGAUUUGUUCAAGUAUCUGAGUGUUUAUUUGUGUGUAACUGAACAAGAAACUAGACAACAUUGCACACUUGUGGUGCAUGGAAUUAUCACAUUGUAACAAAGCUUUAUGUUCUGUGU